AUGAAGAACGCACUAUCUGUUGCCACCGUUCUAGCUCUGGCUGCUACUACCUUUGCUGUGCCUACGGCCACCAGCACUCUCGCAUAUGGUACUGCUAUCGGUGGUGCUGGAAGCAGUCCGACUGCAGAAGCAAUCCUGAAAGCAGACUAUGCUACUCCACCUGAGUACAUGACCAUGAUCAUUGUCAACAGCCAUGGCGAUGAUAUUACCACAUCUAUGAAUAGCAAUCCUUCUUCGCCUGCUCCAGUCUCCGGUCCAUCAGGUACUGGAACUAUGACUAACGGUCAAACCGCUUCGGUUAUUUUGCCCACUAAUUGGCUUGGAAACUGGGCUAUUAACGAUGGACAUUAUGAGAUCACGGGCGAUGACACUCUGAUUGAAGCCAACUUCUCCGAAAUUGAAGAUGUAGCCGUGGUCUCACUUGAUAUCAGUUAUGUUGACGGUUUCUCUGUUGCUAUUACCUGUGCUUGCGACGGCACGGUUGUUACUGGAUGUAACAAGAACCUCUUUGAAUUGAAUACCUGCCCGGAUAAUGAUGGUGAAAACGCUUGCAUCAACCCUCUCCGAUCCGACCUUUCGGCAACAGCUGCUACCACUUUCUUUGCACCUUGUCAAGGAGCAGCUUACACUUUCCCCUCCGAUAGCAGUGCUGUUAGCACUGGUGAAUGUCAGAGUGGUAUUGUCACUUGCUGUGUUGGCAUGGACUGCCCGGCCAACCCUAAGCAGCCUUCCUGA